UUGAGUAACAUUAUUAAUAAUGAACUUUAAUGUCGUUAAUUAGGAGUUAUUUAAUCUCUUGCAAUAUUUGUUUUAAACAGGAUAGGACGGAAGACAAAGUGAAACUAUUUGUUUAUUAUUAAAAAAAAAAAAAAAAAAGUUAAUUUUCCCAAAAUGUGUUAGAUGUUCAAUUUUUCAUGAUGAAGCAGAAUUCUGCGUGCAAAUUUUGAAAUUAGCAGUGAGAGCAGGAUGCCAGUGUACAUAAGGAAAGGCUCCGCGAAGAUUCCGGAGCCCUCGGAGGAGGAGGAGAGCGACGAGGAGGAGGAGAAGAGCUACCUGAUGGAUCCCGACCAAAUGCGCGACCGUCUGCCGCAGCCCUUCCGCACGAUCGACAAAGUGUUGGACAGGGUCCUUGACAGGGCCUGGGAGCUCAUCGUGCGCAGAGACACUGUUAGAAGGGCCGCCGAGCAGGCAAAGAAGUCAGCUUCAGUUCUUGAAAUCCCAGGAGAAGCCACGGACAACUCGGGGCUUCCAAGGAGGACAAACUGUCUGACGUGCACCGACGAUGGGAAAUACGUUCUCCUGGGACACCUCGGCGGGCUUUCUGUCAUCUGUACUUCAAGUCACGGGUGUAUCGCCGCAUGGGUGGACCGAAGCUUGGAACUGACAUUCAUUCACAGCACUUCACUUGGAGUGACAGCAUAUCUUAUAGCUACUGUGGAUGAUAUGGGUAUUGCACGACUGUUUGCUUUUUAUCCCAACUGCCUUUGCCUAAUUAAAUUAAUCAACGAAACAGAUAAUAUAAACCAAAGAAACAUCUGUACAAAAUUUGAAAUCUGCAAAGGUGGGGAUUACGGAGCAGUCUUGAUUGAGUGCAGUGGGACAUCAUGGCUUGAAAUUUACCGUUUCCCAAGAGAGUCUUGGCUGAGAGAGCUAGAAGUGUUGCAGGCCUCUUCAUUAAAAAAGGUGUCAAAUAUUUCUGGCAUAACUGAUAAAAUGGAUUCUGGAAUAGGAGUAAAGUUUUCACUAAUAGGAAUGGUGCUGAAAGUCAAGCAACCUAGAGCACUUUCAGGCACAUCUUUAAAAAGUCCGUUUGAGGUGUUACAGAAGACUGGCAAUGGCACGGUGAUUGGUUCAGGCCAAAAUCACAUGAUUGGUGUGAAGCAGUGGGAGGAGCAAAAUGCUGUUCUUAAGUAUGUCGGUACAAGCACAUGUGACGUUAAGAUCCCUGAGGAAAGGCCAAGCCAGUGCACCUUUCACUUUCUCCUCCCUGGUGUACUGUCCCCACUCACUGGUGGAAAAAUACCUCCGGCAGGAGUGCCUGUUGCGGUCUGCUUGUGGUGGAGCGGCAAUCAUAAUCUUUUCCAGUAUGUGCUCCAUAAAACGUUAAAAUUCAGACUCAGACCAGACAAUGAGCCAAAGGCAGAUGUUGUGUGGCCCAAUGCACAGCAGAUUGUGUGCUCAGCGAUCAGUAAAUCUACUAAAUACAUUGCUCUUGGGCUUGCUGAUGGCUUGGUCACUAUUUGGGACAGACAUUUAGGUCUCCCAUGGUCCGUUCUUGCUGUUUCAUCCAACAGCGAUUUCAGCAGAAUGCUGUUUAUAGAUGACAUGCAUGUUUGCACUGAGGAUUCCACCCUUCAUCCCAAAAUACAUGUUCUGGUUACCUGCAGAAGUGGGGCAUGUCACUUAAUUACAGCGGGGAGAGGAGUGGAUUCUCAUGUUACAAAACUGAGAGAAAGACCUGUAGAUUCUGAAAGUUUCCCCUCGGCUCUUCUGCCAGUUCUGCAGAAAAUGGUUCUGUUCAUGUGCAGAAAUGGCAGAAUGGUCCUCCAGGACAUCACUGACGGUACAGUUGUGUGCAGUUUUGUUCUGCCAUCAUCUCAUGUCCUUGCAACGCCGUGGAACCCAGUGUUUACGUUGGACCCUGUGCACCAGAAUCUGUUUGUUCGAGGUGACAAGAAGAAUUUUGGCAAUGAAACAAUGAGGAAAGCAGAAGACAGCAGUUGGCUUUUUGUUUUCCGUCUCCAUCAGUAUUCAGCCUUGAGGCCAUUCAUAGAGGCUCCUCAAACUCCCCGAGUUUGGCAGAACUCUACAAGCUUGGAAGAAAUGUGCAAUCUGUACUUGCAGGAGAGAACAAUAACUUUGGAGGACCGGAAUAAAGCAAUAACAGAGACCUGGCACCAACUACAACAACAUGCCAUCAGAGUUUCAGAAAACAGACAGAAACAAGUGAGACGGACAGAGACCACCCUGAGGUCUCAAAUAAGGUAGCGCUGCCCAUUUUGCAUCUUCUGAUGUGUUUGAUACCUUUGCAGGGCCUUUACUUCUAAUAGUUACUUCUGACACAGUUCUGGAUAUUCUGUACAGUAUAUUCCAGCAUGUAUGACAGUAAUGAUUUUCCAUUUUGUACCAGAAAUAUUUUUUCAGGAAAAACAAGAAAAUGAAAACUCAGUCUCUUGUUGUAGUUUUAUGUGUUAAUAGUCCUUGAUGUUUGUUAGACAUACUUUAAUUAUUUGAAUAUGCACCGAAUUAAUGAACAUGUUUAUAAGGUUUGAAGGUCUGUAUCACAGAUAUAAUAUUGAGCCAGAUGCCUUUAUUUACAGAAUUGCUAUUGUGUUCUUUUUCAGUUCAAAAACACAAUGUAUUCGCAAUGUUCUAAGCACACUGUAGUCUCUGUAAUUUUGCUCAUGUAACCUUUUCAUCAAGAUCCAUCUUCUGGAGUUUUUGCUUAACAUUUCUCAUGCUUUAU